GGAAGUUCACAUUGUGAAAGUGUCCGCUCUGGCUGCCCUGCUCCAAGAUGGCGGCCUGCGUGCAGUCACGUGGUGUGUGCGCUGGGCGGUGCUCUGAUAAAGUGUGAGCUGUGAGGGUUAAUAAAGUGUCAUGGCGGCCCCCGGGGAGCCCGCUCGGCCCUGGACUGAGGAGCAGCUGCACAGCGACGAUCUGCCCAAGAAAGACAUCAUUACAUUCCUGCAGGACAGCGCCUCCGACUCGGUACUCCGCCACGGGGGGUGAGGGGCCCCUGGCAGCCACUGGGGGUGAGGGCCCCUGGCAGCUACUGGGAGGUACACGGGGGGGCCACUGGCAGCUACUGGGGGACACGGGGUGAGGGGCCCCUGGCAGCUACUGGGAGGGGGGGACACACGGGGGUGAGGCCCUGGCUACUGGGAGUGGGGGACACGGGGGUGAGGGGGGCAGCCACUGGGGCCACUGGCAGGGGGUGGUACACGGGGGUGAGGGGCCCCUGGCAGCUACUGGGAGGGACAGGGGUGAGGGCUGGCAGCCACUGGGGGGACACGGGGUGAGGGGGCCCCUGGCAGCCACUGGGGGACACGGGGGUGAGGGGCCCCUGGCAGCUACUGGGAGGGACACGGGGGUGAGGGGCCCUGGCAGCCACUGGGAGGGGGGGGUGGGCCCCUGGCAGCUACUGGGAGGGGGGACACGAGGGGGUGAGGGCCCUGGCAGCUACUGGGAGGGACACGGGGUGAGGGGGCCUGCAGCUACUGGGGGGGGACACGGGGGUGAGAGGACACUGGCAGCUACUGGGAGGGGGGACACGGGGGGAGGGGACACUGGCAGCUACUGGGAGGGGGACACGGGUGAGGGGCCCCUGGCAGCCACUGGGGGGUGGUACACGGGGUGAGGGGCCCCUGGCAGCUACUGGGUGGGGGGGGUACACGGGGGUGAGGGCCACUGGCAGCUACUGGGAGGACACGGGGGUGAGGGACCUGGCAGCCACUGGGAGGGGGACACGGGGUGAGGGGCUGCCACUGGGGGUGGUACACGGGGGUGAGGGCCCCUGGCAGCCACACGGGGGUGAGGGGCCACUGGCAGCUACUGGGGGGGACACGGGGGUGAGGGGCCAGCUGGGAGGGGGUACACGGGGGUGAGGGAAUAGCAGCUACUGGGAGGGGGACACGGGGGUGGGGGCCCCUGGCAGCCACUGAGGGGGGGUACACGGGGUGAGGGGCCCCUGGCAGCCACUGGGUGGUACACGGGGUGAGGGCCCCUGGCAGCUACUGGGAGGGACACGGGGUGAGGGGCCCAGCCACUGGGGAGGGACACUGGCAGCUACUGGGAGGGGGGGGGGUGAGGGUGGCAGCCACUGGGGGGUACCCUGGCAGCUACUGGGAGGGACACGGGGGUGAGGCCCCUGGCAGCUACUGGGAGUGGAGGCAGCCACGGGGGUGGGGAUGAGGCCCCUGGCAGCUACUGGGGGUGGGAGGGGGCCUGGCAGCCACGGUGGAUUGGGUGAGGGGGCCACUUGGCACAUCCCUGGACACGUGGGAGGGGCCCCUGGCAGCUAGGGAGGGGGGGGGUGAGGGGCCUGGCAGCUACUGGGGACACGGGGGUGAGGGGCUACUGGGGGUGAGGGGUCCCUGACUGCAACUUGGGGGGGAGGGGGGUAUGAGAGACACUUGGCCUAUGUUCUUAUUAAGGGAGUAGUGCUAUAAGGGCCCAGAACUGUACUGAUCACAUUUAUUUCUGAUAUCUCUCAAAAAUUCUAUUUUGAUCAAGUUUGGUCAGCAGCCAAUCGGUUGAAAUGUUUAAUUUAUUAUAAACUAUGAAUAGGAUAGAUUAUUUGGGCCAUCAUUAGCAGGACAAGGGGUAAAUUCUCGGCACCGUGCAAGAAAUGUCACAAUAAAGGCACAGUUUAGAGACCAUUAUCCUUAGGCACCCUGUCUGGCUUAUGUGAAUGUUCCACCACGACCUCGCUUGAUGCCAGUGUUCUAAUCGCACGAGAGGGCCACAGAUAGUGACAUACACAUUCAACACAAGUUAAGCACACAUGUAAAAAGUGUUGCUUACACCAGUUUUUUUUCACACUGCUGAAAUUUCAGUUCACUACGCACAAUACGUUAUUAUAUAUUGCUCCGGUGAAUUUGCACAUUGCAGUCACUAGGCACAAUACAUUAUUAUAAACUGCUCUGGUGAAUUUGUACGUCGCAGUCACUACACACAAUACAUUAUUAUAUACUGCUUCGGUGAAUUUGUACAUUGCAGUCGCUACGCACGAUACAUUUGUUAUAAACUGCUCCGGUGAAUUUGUACAUUGCAGUCGCUACGCACAAUACAUUAUUAUAAACUGCUCCGGUGAAUUUGUACAUUGCAGUCGCUACGCACAAUACAUUAUUAUAAACUGCUCCGGUGAAUUUGUACAUUGCAGUCGCUACGCACAAUACAUUAUAAACUGCGCCGGUGAAUUUGUACGUUGCAGUCGUUACGCACAAUACAUUAUUAUAAACUGCUCCGGUGAAUUUGUACGUUGCAGUCGCUACGCACAAUACAUUAUAUACUGCUUCGGUGAAUUUGCACGUUGCAGUCAUUACGCACAAUACGUUAUUAUAAACUGCUCCAGUGAAUUUUUACAUUGCAGUAGACUAACCUUUUUUUUUAAUAUUCAGUUUCUUUCAGAAUAUAAACUACAUGGGAACAUAAAGAAUGUAGCCAAAACUGCAAAGAAAGAUCACCUGGUUGCUGCUUUUAAUAAACUUUUUGAGACUAAGGUAUGUACGGUGUGUUUAAUUCUGCUAGACGUCUUUUCACUAUAAUUUUAAUUUUUUUGUAAAAUAUAAAUGUUUAGCAUUAGCUGAUACCUUCAUUAGGAUUUUAUUUAUUUGGUAAUCUUUUAAAAUAUAUAUUUUAGAAAUAAUAUAUAUCACUCAAGAAAUAUUCAAAAAAAUUUCAAAAUCCUUGUUAAAGUUUAUCUAAAACUAUUACUUUGUUUGUAUUUAAAACAUAUUCAAAAAUAUUACCUCAAGGCCUUAAUGUGGCCAAACCCAACUCUUAUGGCUUAUUCAUGCAGAUAAAAUUUUAGAUCUGGUCAUGUGAGUGGUAUAUGGCCCUCUCAGCUUGUAUGGAAUAAAAGUAUUUACCGUAUAUACUCGUGUAUAAGUCGAGUGCAGUUUUGUGACCAACAAUUGUGAAAUAUACUAUGCCUCGUGGAUAAGUCGAGGGUAAAACUUGGGGCUAUGAAAUUCUGUGAUUUUUAUAAUUAUAUACACACACACUCUGCAUUAUAUAUACACACUCAUACAAACACACACUCUGUAUUAUAUACACACACACACACACACACACACUCAUACAAACACACACUCUGCAUUAUAUAUACACACACACUCAUACAAACACACACUCUGCAUUAUAUAUACACAUACACACUCAUAUAAACACACACUCUGCAUUAUAUACACACACUCGCUCAUACAAACACACACUCUAUAUUAUAUACACAUACUCACUCAUACAAACACACACUCUGCAUUAUAUACACACUCAAUAUAAUCUGCAUAUAAUCCACAACAAUAUAAAAUCUGAAUGAUUAAAAUAUUUAAAUAAAUUAAAACAAACAGCAGCACUCAAUUUAGCAUCACUACAGAAGUAGCACCACAAAUUUACCUUUAGAACUCUGUGUGUAUAUAAUGCAGAGUGUGUGUUUGUGUAGUGUGUGUGAACUGGGUGGGGUGAGGGUAUUUUUAUUAUUGUAAUUUUUUUUAUUUUAAUAUUAUUAUUAUUUUAUUAUUUUAAUUUUUUUUUUGUCCCCCCCUCCCUGCUUGUUAACUGGUCAGGGAGGGGGCUAUCUUAAUCCCUGGUGGUCCAGUGGCAUGGGCUGUGCAGUGGGGGGGGCGGCAGGAAGCAUUUACUUACCUUUCCUGCAGCUCCUGUCAGCUUCCUUCUCCUCCGUUUCGGUCAGCUCCACUGCAAGUCUCGCAGUCUGGUUGCCGUGCGGAUCGUUGCCACGGCUCUGACGGCCGCGGCUCUCUAAGUUGCCAUAAUACAUAAUACAGACAGUGACUCGAGUAUAAGUCGAGUGGGGGUUUUUAAGCACAAAAAAUGUGCUGAAAAACUAGACUUAUACUUGAGUAUAUACUGUAGUUAUAAUGUUUUCUUUUCUGUAACUUGUGAGUACAAUGCAUCUUUCAUGACUUUGCAGAUAUAGCUCCCAAAUACUCUGGUGCCUGUCCCUAUGAUUCGUGAUGUCUAUGCUGAUUAGAUUGUGUGUGUGUGUAUUCUGUACUGUAAGGGGGUUGACAAUGAUGUUAUUUAGGUUAAAGUUUGUUUCUGUUUAUUUUAUUUUCUCCUAGCGUUUCAAAGGCAGCGAUGCGCAGGACAACUUAGCAAAAGAUGUGAAAGCUCUUAAAGUAGACGAAAAGGUCAAGGAAACAAAACCGGAAGAGACAGUAGACGAGGUAUGAAGCGCUGAGGAUCCGUUUAACUGUAGAGAAUUAGAUUCUGAUUGACUAAAUUAGUUAACCUGGAAUACCUCUCCAUCGCCGCUAUAGUCACAGCUGGGCUAUUUUGUAAAUUGGAUUUUAGUUCGGUAACAAAUUCCAGUUUGGUGAAUAAAUCUAUGAGUUUAAUCCUAAAACACAUGGAUUGACCACCUGCUCAUUUCUAUUAGUAACUUCUAGAUUGAAGCAGUUGUAUUAAAGGAUUACUCCAAGCACCAUGAUCACUUCAUUGAUUUGAAGUGGCCAUGGUGUCAGGAGUGUGUACAUAGAAAAAUGGUUAGAAUUGUGGCAACUGACAUUUAAUGUGGAUAAGUGCAAGAUAAUGCAUCUUGGACGUAAAAACCCAAGGGCAGAGUACAGAAUAUUUGAUAGAGUCCUAACCUCAACAUAUGAGGAAAGGGAUUUAGGGGUGAUUAUUUCUGAUGACUUAAGGUAGGCAGACAAUGUAAUAGAGCAGCAGGAAAUGCUAGCAGAAUGCUUGGUUGUAUAGGGAGAGGUAUUAGCAGUAGAAAGAGGGAAGUGCUCAUGCCAUUAUACAGAACACUGGUGAGACCUCACUUGGAGUAUUGUACACAGUUCUGGAGACCGUAUCUUCAGAAGGAUAUUGAUACCUUAGAGAGGGUUCAGAGAAGGGCUACUAAACUGGUUCAUGGAUUGCGGGAUAAAACUUACCAGGAAGGGUUAAAGGAUCUUAACAUGUAUAGCUUGGAGGAAAGACGAGACAGGGGGGAUAUGAUAGAAACAUUUAAAUACAUAAAGGGAAUCAACACAGUAAAGGAGGAGACUAUAUUUCAAAGAAGAAAAACUACCACAACAAGAGGACAUAGUCUUAAAUUAGAGGGACAAAGGUUUAAAAAUAAUAUCAGGAAGUAUUACUUUACUGAGAGGGUAGUGGAUGCAUGGAAUAGCCUUCCAACUGAAGUGGUAGAGGUUAACACAGUAAAGGAGUUUAAGCAUGCAUGGGAUAGGCAUAAGGCUAUCCUAACUAUAAGAUAAGGCUAGGGACUAAUGAAAGUAUUAAGAAAAUUGGGCAGACUAGAUGGGCCGAAUGGUUCUUAUCUGCCGUCACAUUCUAUGUUUCUAUAUGGUGUUUAACCCCUUUACUUCCAGAAGUGUGGGGGCCAUUAGAAAGCUUGGAACAAGAGUUCUGUCAGUCUGGCUAAUGUCAUUUCUGUGCAAAUUCCCAUGUACAGUGUGUCAUUCAUUGGCUGAGAGUGGUUCUCUCGCCCGCCCGCCUCAGAGCCCAUUGCUAAAUGGAUAAAGCUAUAUUUAAAUUAAAUUAGAUAUGUUCCGGUGUUUAGAUUACUAAGCCCCCUGUAUGAGAAGCAGUGAACCCCGUGCUUCUCAUAGAGCGGAAGCACUGCACGUGCAUUGUUAAUUGCAUACAUUUGAGGCAAAACGUUAGUAUUUAUUCACUAAUCAACGAAUUGCAGCAAAUUGAAAACUGAUGCAACAUUUGGAAAAAUCUUCCAAAUGGUCUUUGGUCAUCUUACACUUGUGUGUAAUAUGCACAUAAUUUGAUUUGACAGAUAUCUCCAAGCUUUAGCAUGCAAUUAGGAAGAUUUGCUUUGUAAUAAUUUGGAAAAAAAAUUUGCAACCUCAUAUUCUCUCAAUUGUUUUGUGAACAUGGAAAGCCAGAUGUAUACUAAUGAUUUAUAUUUCUUAGGGUCCUCCCAAAUAUACCAAAUCUAUCCUCAAAAAGGGAGAUAAAGUUAAUGUCCCUAAAAAAGGAGAUACCGUACACUGUUGGUACACUGGGACCUUGGAGGAUGGCACCGUGUUUGACUCAAAUAUCCAGACAAGUAAGAAAUUUAACUCGCUUUGUAAAAUUAAAUGGGUGCAGUGAUUGGAGGAGGGUGCAGAGGCCUUUGGGACGUUGUGAGCAUCUGAAAUUGAUAUACAAGUUCUUGAUUCACUCAGAGGGGAAUGAUUGGUGCUGUAUUUUUAAGCUGUAGGCAUAGUUUAUGUUGAUGAAUUAAAAAUACAGUCUGAUAUUUAAAGGGACACAAUCAUACACAGUAUAAUUGCAGGAUUAGCUGUUGGUUUAAAUGUUCUUUAUAUAUUUUUGACAGGCGCUAAGAAGAAGAAAGCUGCUAAACCUCUGAGUUUUAAAGUUGGAAUUGGCAAAGUCAUUCGAGGAGUAAGUUUCACUAAACCAUGUUUUUCAGAUGGGUCACCCACAAAAUAUAAUUAAAGCUCUGUUCGUUCUAUUGGAAGAGUAUUGAGGAUACUGUGCCCUGAUAAUGGUGUUUGCAAAGGUCAGAGACAUUGUCUGCUGAUGCUAAAUGUGUGUUUCCUUCCAUUCAGUGGGAUGAAGCUCUCCUUACAAUGACCAAGGGCGAGAAAGCCAAACUCGAAAUCCAGCCAGAAUGGGCCUACGGCAAAAAAGGAAUGCCUGAUGCAAAGUAUCCUUUCUAGCACUAGUGAGCGGUUUCUAUGGUAACCCCAAACGUGAUAAGAAUUUAUUUAUUACGCCAUCUGAUCUGCCCAUGCUGAAUGGAAUAUGUUAAUUAUUUAGUUCUAAAAUACAGCAUAUUGCUGAUUCCAAGCAUGUUGUCAAUAUUUAAUUUCCCUCAUUGGAAGCAUACUCCAUGUAUUGUCUUCCCCAUCUGUAAAGAAGUAUUUCCUCAAAUUAACAAUAACCCCCCCCCCGCCUCCCUUUUUGCUUAUUUAUCUCUUGUCACUAUAUAUGCAUUCAUCUAAGAAAUGGAUAAGGGGGCAGAGUGGACUAGCACCCCUGUCUCAUGUUAAAACUAGGUAAGUAUCCACCAAUAUUGGGGUACCUUGACAUGAUGUGACCAAAUCCAUACGGUUUACACUUGAGACGUGUUUUUAAGAUGACGUAUUUGGAAUUAAUGGAUUUCUUUUUGGAUGUACUUUACAAAAUGUUCAGUUCAUAGUAUUCCAUUUACAUGGGACAUUCUAGUAUGUGUGCUGUUACUUGACGCAAUAAGUGCUUAGAAUUCACCGAAUUAUUUGUUUAUUUUUCUUUCAUGUUUUUAAAAAAUAUUGUUCAAUUUCCCUUAACUUUAAUCAGAAUCCCACCUAAUGCUAAGCUAUUCUUUGAAGUGGAGCUGGUGGAUAUAGAAUGAGCAUUUCUGUGAGAAAUACGUGACUAAGUUUGACUUCAUGUUCUUAUUCUGGCCAAAAACUGUAAAUAAAACUACACGUGACCUGUGAUUUUGGCUUUAUCUUAAUGUUUUACAAACUUUCAGGAUGGUUUUCAUUCAAUGUAUAUUUCUGCGUACCGUU